AUGGCCGUCCUAGUAUCGUACGCAACUGCCCACGGCUCAACCAGAGAAAUAGCAGAGGCCGUGGCCCGACAACUGUCGCAACAGCUCGCACCCAUUCCGGUGGACUGCAUCCCGGCGGCCGCUACGCCCCUUCUCUCCAGCCCCGAAGGCAACAAGUACAAGGCGGUUGUGAUCGGCAGCGCGAUCCACGUCGGCCGGUGGAUUGCACCGGGACGGCGCUUCCUCAAGCAAAACGAACCCUACCUCUCGUCUGGAAAUCCAGAUGUGCCACGCGUGUGGGCUUUCAGCGUCGGCAUGCCGCCGACCGACGACGACCUCGCCAAGGAGGAGGUGUCCAUGGACAAGUGGCUGCGCGAGCGCCUACGUCUCCAGGGGCAUCGCCUGUUCCGCGGCGCAUUCGACAAGGCGGAUCUGCCGUGGAUUAUACGCCUCAUCUUCGCGUGCUGCGUCCCCGAAGACAAGACGCGGUUUGGCGACUCGCGCGACUGGCCUGCCAUUAGAGCCUGGGCAGACGGCGUUGGGACAAGAAUAAAGGAGGAGGCUGUGCCCAGUUGA